AUGGCGUCAGCGAUAAGCCGCACACUCAGCGGAUACGCAGUCGCUCAUUCUGCCACGUCAUUCUCUGCCACGCCAUUCUCUGCCACGUCACGUUCUGCCACGUCAGCCUCUGUUGACGGCAGAGCGUACAGCUGCGCGUGCCAGCAGCUCGCGCGACGCGCGAGGAGCGCUUCCGCUUCACAAGUCGGCAUCGCUUCUCUUAAGCGAGGAAAUAUCGGCUCUUCCCUUCUCCUAAGCGGCACGUCGCUUGGCCACAGCAGCACCUCGUCGCGGCGAUACGCUUCGCGAAGACAUCUCGCGGUUACCACUACAGCGACCAGCCCUGAAACUGUAACUGUCACAGCUGUCGACUCCACCACCACCACCGAGGGAAAUGCUUCCGACUCUUCCGCGGAUGCUUCCGCCUCCCCGCUUUCUUCCGCUUCCCCAGAGCCCCCGCAGCUCUCCAAGCCCGUUCUCGUGCGCCCCGCGCCAGCGCAGCCGCCCGCAAGGCCCGCCGCGCCCGCCGCCGGCGCACGCGGCGGAGCGAGGUCGUGGGCCCCGAGGCCCGGAGUAGCGGGGGCCCGACCGAACGGGGGUGUUGCGGCGACUGGGAAGAGUGUUUUUAGGCCGAGGGAACGCGCCGCGCGUGCCCCCGGUCCGGACAGCGCGGGUGUGGCGGCGGUGCAGAAUCUAAAGGAGAUUUUGGAGAAGGCGGAGCGGAUGGGGAAUGGCGGAAUGGCGGGGGGAGCGGACGGCGGUCUCGCGCUAAAUGGAUCAUCCGCGGGAGCAGCGGAGAGCGCGGGGGAGGAAGAGGGCGGUUCGGGCUCUGACGUGGAAGAGAUCGUGCUCGUGCGCAAGGAGACGCCUAACGGGGCAGCUAGUAACGCGGCUGAAGAUUCUGGGUCGAGUGCCAGCGCGGCUCCGCCCAGUGCGGACUCCGAAGAUGCCGAGCCUCCAGCGGUAGCUCGGCCCAAGCCGGUCAGGGUAGACAGGCCGAAGCUGGAUCGUCCUGUGGCGUCGUUCAGCCGCCCCACCCCGCCUGCGCAGCCGGCUCCGGCGCGGCCGGGCGUAUACGUGCGCGGUCAAGCGCCCGCCGCCAGCGCAGACGGAACGAGCGCAAGGGAGAAGCUGGCGUGGAAGCCCAAGGGUUCCGCCGACGCCUCAGCUUCCGACGAUGAGCGCGCUUCCGCCGCGGGCGCGGCAGGAGCUCCGCGCAGAGGCCCCAUUCUGCGCGAUGCUGGGCGCAGGGCGCAGCCUGCCGCGGAGGGUAGGGCCGGCGCAAGCGCACCCGGCGGAGCUCCUACCCCCGGACCUUUCGGGGGCCCGGACAAGGCUCCGGCAAGAGGCGGGCGGAAAGACACGCGGAGGAGAGGCGGGGAAGGCGACCGCGACGGGGCCGGACGGGGGAGGCGCGGGGGAAGAGGCUCAACGGUGGCGGAGCAGGCGCGGGGAAACCGGAAGCAGAGCAAGGCGUCGCGCAGAGCUGCGCGCGAGGAGGCUAAGAAGGCUGCUGCGCCCGUACAGGCGGAGAUUCUGGAAGUGGGGAAGGAGGGCAUGAGCGUGCAGGAGCUCGCGCGGGAGCUGGCGGUGAACGAUUCCGACGUCGUGAAGGCUCUCUUCAUGAAGGGCAUCGCGACUACAGUAAACCAGGUUCUUGACGAGGAUACAGUGCGCAUGGUGUGCGCCGAGUACGGGGUGGAGGUUCUUGAUGCCAGCGAGGCAGAGAUGGGGGACGCUGCCAGGAAGCAGCGCGAGUAUGUGCAGGAGGAGGAUCUGGAGCACCUGGUGGUGCGCCCGCCUGUCGUGACUAUAAUGGGACACGUGGACCAUGGCAAGACCUCUCUCCUCGAUUAUAUUCGUAAGACCAAGGUGGCAGCAGGGGAGGCAGGCGGAAUCACCCAGGGAAUCGGGGCCUACCGCGUGUGGGUGCCCUACGCUGCUGACUCAGACGCUGACUCAGGCGCUGACUCGGAUGCUGACGUGGCGGAUGAGGAUGAGAACGAGGCGGGGCUGCACACGUGCGUGUUCCUGGACACGCCAGGUCACGAGGCGUUCAGUGCCAUGCGGGCGCGCGGGGCGCGGGUGACGGAUAUAGCGGUGAUUGUGGUUGCAGCAGAUGAUGGGGUCAGGCCUCAGACCACUGAAGCUAUCGCUCAUGCUCGUGCCGCUGGCGUGCCUAUUGUCGUCGCCAUUAACAAGAUGGACAAGGAGGGCGCGAACCUUGAUAGGGUGAUGCAGGAGCUGGCGGCAGGAGGGUUGAUGUCGGAGGAGUGGGGAGGAGACACGCCCAUGGUGCCGGUCAGCGCAAAGACAGGCCAAGGAGUGGACAGCCUGCUCGAGACGAUCAUGCUCGUGGCUGAGAUUCAAGAGCUCAGGGCCAACCCAGACACCCAGGCAGCAGGCACGGUGAUAGAGGCGAGCCUGGACAAGCAGAGGGGCCCGGUGGCAACGCUGCUGGUGCAGAACGGCACUCUCAGGCUGGGAGACGUGGUGCUUUGCGGACAGACGUAUGGCAAGAUCCGAGCUCUAGUGGACGACACAGGCAGUCGCAGCGACUCUGCUGGUCCUUCUCUUGCAGUGGAGGUCCUGGGUCUCAGCUCAGUGCCAGUAGCAGGGGACCACUUCGAAGUGGUUGACUCGCUUGACCAGGCGCGCUCCCUGGCCGAGGAAGCUGCUGGGAAGCUGCGCACCGCCAGGCUGGCGGCCCUGCAGGGCGAGUCGAAGGUGUCUCUGUCUGCCCUGGCGGGCCGUGGGGCGUCUGGAGGGGAUUCAGGGGAGAGCGAUGAGGAGGGGCUGGAGUUCCACCAGCUGAACGUGAUCCUCAAAGUGGAUAACCAGGGUGCUGUGGAGGCGAUCAGAGAGGCGCUGGCAGCGCUGCCCCAAGACACCGUGUCGCUGCGCUUCCUGCUGCAGGCUGCUGGUGACGUGGCGCUGAGCGACAUUGACCUGGCGAUUGCCAGCGAAGCGGUGGUGCUGGCGUUCAACGUUUCAAUGCCGCCCGCCGUGGAAGCAGCAGCAGAGGAGAAGGGCGUGGAAGUGCGGACGUACCGGGUCAUCUACGAUUUAAUCGAUGAUGUUCGCAAGGCCAUGGAGGGGCUGCUUGACUCUGUGGAGGAGCGCACGCCUCUAGGCUCGGCGGAGGUGCGGGCAGUGUUUGGUGCGGGGAGCAGCAAGGUGGCCGGUGUGAUGGUGACUGAAGGGAAGCUCGUCAAGGGGUGUGGGAUUGCGGUGAUUCGAGGGAAGAGGGAGGUCUACUCGGGUACACUCACGUCUCUGCGACGAGUCAAGGAGCUCGCUAAGGAGGUUGUAGCAGGGCUGGAGUGCGGGGUGGGCCUGGAGGGCUUUGACGAGUGGCAGCAGGGCGACAGCAUCGAGGCGUUUGAGGUGGUGCAAAAGGCGAGGUCCCUCGAAGACGCGUCCAAGGAAGUUACCAAAGCAGUGGCCGAGAAAACCGAGUCCAUGGGGAUUGCCGUCAGCGCAGCGUAA